AUGCCGCCGAGGUUGGAGGUGAUCCCACUGACCAAGGGCUCACCGCAGAUUCCGAGGCCAGGCAUUUCACCACUGCCACGGGCGAAGACAAUGUGCACGUCGGAGCACUGGGCUUGA